AUGCAUACAAUGUGGACAGCCUUGAAAGUCCCACAAACUAAGCAUGAUUCAAGUUUCUUCUUCGUCAACAGUAACGGACAAGAAGAUAUUGAUUGCUCCUUGCCGCCUCAAGACAUUCAUUUCACUUCCAUCAAAGCAGGAUUAGUUGAUUCAAGAAAGCGAUCAAGAGAAGCUUCUUCGGUAGAUUUUAUUCAAUUCUCCUCGGCUGCUGCUCCGAUGAACCCACCACCGCCAAAACCGCCGCAAGCUAUCGAGUUGUUGCAGAAUCAUAAUCGGAAAAUGCCUUGUGUGACUCCCUCUGGUCUUCGUUUAUCACAUGAGCUUUCACAGGAUCAUCAAGAACAGCUACUUUCCACUUUUUCCGGAGAAUAUAAACGUCAAAAAAAUGAUUUGGACAUGUUCCUUCAAACUCAGAGUGAGGAACUACGGUGUAAGUUAGCGUCGUACAGAGAAAGGCAAUACGUAGAGCUAUUAUACGCAGCGGAGGAGUUAGUCAGACAGAGAGUGAGAGAAAAAGAAGCUGAGCUUGAGAAAGCCACGCGCCGUCACGAUGACCUAAAGGCGCGUGCAGCUCAGCUUACAGAAGAGGCGCGAACGUGGCAGUUAAGAGCAGCGACGCGGGAAGCCGAGGUCUCUUCGUUACAGUCUCAUAUCCAAAAAGUCGUCGCGAGCCAACGUACGGCGGCGAAACAGAGUAUGAUCGGCGGCGACGGGGAGGAAGCUGAGGACGCUGAAUCUGUCUUCGUGGAUCCGGAGCGGGUCGAAAUGACCGGACCUAGUUGUAGGAUUUGCCGGCGGAGACCGGCGACGGUGAUGGCAUUUCCGUGCCGACAUCUGGUUCUUUGUAAAGGAUGCGACGGCGGCGGUGGUGUGCGUGCCUGUCCGAUUUGCCUCGCCGUUAAAAGUUCCGGUGUCGAAGUUCUGUUUUCUUGAUUAUGGUUUGUUCAUGGGCCUGGUAGGCCCAUGGGCCCAUUAUACCUCAAGGAACCGUUGAUUCAACCGUACGAAAAAGGACGUAUUCUGAACCGAC